CGUUCUAGCUUGAUCUGUUUUUCCCUCCGUAGUCGACAAUAAUUUAUGUCCAUACUGUCCAUACUCCAUAGCGGCAUUAGUGAUAACUGAUAAGACUCUCGUACAUGUUGGCUCUUUGAUUUUUCCACUUUUUGUUUUUGGUGGUUCAUUUUAUUCUGUUUGUAUGGCAGUAUUCAUGAACUUCUAGAAACUAGAAAGUUUAUAAAUCUAUGAUUCUAUCUAUCAUUAGAUUUAACAUAAAAUAUUUAAUAGUUAGUAGGUAUAUUAUUAUAAUAACAGAUUAUUGAAGCACAGACAGCAGAAACAGGAUACAGAUUGAUUGCUAAUUAUUUUUGUUGAUUAAUCAUUAUUUAUUAUAGUCUAUAAUAGGUAUUCAAAAGAAAUUAUAGGAACUGGAAAAAAAGUUUCUUGUCAAAACUGUAUUCUAAGCAGACAAACAAGAAACAUUAACAUUGAAUAAAUCAAAAUUGAAUUAAUUAUUCAAUAAUAUAGAUUUAAAAAUAAUAUAAUAAUGAAGGAUUCAAUUAUGAUCCAUGGAGCUGGUGGUAUCCCAGACAAAUCAUGGAAACCACAAUUUGGAAUUAUUGAAACUUCAAUGGGUCAAAUCACAAUUGAAUUAUACUGGGAUCAUGCUCCAGAGACUUGCCGUAAUUUUGCAGAACUUUGUAGACGUGGUUAUUAUAAUAAUACAAAAUUUCAUAGAAUUAUUCGUAAUUUUAUGAUUCAAGGUGGUGAUCCUACUGGUACUGGUAGAGGAGGUACAUCAAUUUAUGGUACUCAUUUUGAUGAUGAAAUUCAUGAUGAUCUUAGACAUACAGGAGCAGGUAUUGUGUCUAUGGCUAAUUCAGGACCUAAUACAAAUGGCUCACAAUUUUUUAUUACAUUAGCACCAACUCAGUGGCUUGAUAAAAAACAUACAAUAUUUGGUCGUGUUCAUUCUGGUAUGAAUGUUGUCAAAAGAAUGGGCAUGGUAGAAACAGAUAAAAAUGAUAGACCUGUUGAUGAUGUAAAAAUAUUAAGAGGUGGAAUUAAUAUGUAAUUACAUAAUGAAAACAUCUAGAUCAACAAAACGACAACUUGACUAAAAUAUUACAAUGUAUUCUACAAUUAAAAAUUGAUAACAUAUUUUAAUUUUUUAAUAAAAUUUUAAG